CGUCGCCCACACCUCCCCACUCUCAUCCGCAGCAAUGGCAUCUCGUCUGGCAAGGAGCGCGGUCGGCGCCGCCCGUCUCCGCCCAUCGCUCCCUCUCCGCACCCUCCCCAGCAUCACGGCCCAGAUCACGCCGGCCCGCUACCAGUCCAACGUGCCCGAGGACCCCAAGAAGAAGGCCCAGUCGCUUCUUGACGCGAUCCCCGUGCCGGGCAACAGCCCCAUCACCAAGGCCGCCGUCCUCUCCGCCGCCGCUGGUGUGAGCACCUUCGCCAUCAGCAACGAGCUCUACGUCGUCAACGAGGAGUCCAUCGUCGCCCUCUCGCUGCUCACCAUCUUCUGGGCUGUCGCCAAGUACGCUGGCCCGGCCUGGUCCGACUAUGCGCAGUCGCAGAUUGAUAAGAUCUCCGGCAUCUUGAACUCGGCCCGUGCCGACCACACCACGGCCGUCAAGCAGCGCAUCGAGAGCGUGCAGGACCUCGGCGGUGUCAUCGACAUCACCAAGAACCUGUUCGCCGUUUCCAAGGAAACCGCCCAGCUUGAGGCCCAGGCCUACGAGCUCGAGCAGAAGACGGCCAUUGCCCACGAGGCCAAGACCGUCCUCGACUCCUGGGUCCGCUACGAGGGCCAGGUCAAGGCGAGGCAGCAGCGCGAGCUUGCUGAGAGCAUCAUCGCCAAGAUCGAGAAGGAGCUUGAGAACCCCAAGACCCUCAAGCAGAUCCUCGACCAGAGCGUCGCCGACGUUGAGAGGAUUGUGUCGCAAAAGGCAUAAGCUACCUACGACGUUUCCUUUCUCAUCGAUUAGCAUCACCCAAUGUUACAUAAAUCUGUGCUAUAGUCAAUCGGGUCGGAUAGAUUACCCAAAGUCAAUUUCAUUUGGUCCAAGUACCUUUGCGAGCAUUUCCAUUGCAUCACGCGUCAUGUAGCUGGACGAGAUAUCCGCAGUUACCGCGCGAGCAACGUUUACUUAUCAAAGUACCCUUCUCGUAUCGUUGUUUACGGGUCUUGGUGCUGUAUCGUGGAUUACGGCUACUCCAAAACACUGCAGUUUGAAGAGCCGGUUGCUUCGACGACCCGCAGAAUGCUACAUGUACACAGGGAGGAUAAAUACCGCAACCCUGACCUCGCUCCAACCAACAAGGUUGAGCAGAACUUCCAGCUUCGUCGCCAGAAAUGACUAGAUGCUAAUUGUUUCCUACAAC